AGUACCAGCUUUUGAAAAGACUUCCGCAUUUACGUCGUCUGCGAUUUCUUGCCGAAACACUUGUCCGCAUUUGCGCUUGUUCUUCCGUGGUUACACUUUUAUGGGGAUAUCGUUUCGUAAAAGCAAAAAGUGAGGAGAGCAGUCCGGGCAUCAGUCAUUCACCAUGGCAGGAAGAAAAGUUCAUGUUUUGCAGACUGCAGACAUACCAUCUGCGGUGUGUGAAUUCGUGGCCGAGCAGAGCAAAGCGGCUGUGCGGGAUCGAGGAGUGUUCUACCUCGGCGUUUCGGGAGGAAGUGUCGCUAAAUUCAUGAUCGAGGGUUUACCUAAGAUCCAGGGUGUGGAGUGGGAUAAGUGGCAUGUGUUUUUCUGUGAUGAGAGGCUGGUACCGUUUGAUGACAGUGAUAGCACAUACAGGAUUUACAGAGAACUUAUUGGGAAAGUCAACCUCCCAGAGGGUCAAAUCUACCCCAUCAAUCCCUCGCUCUCUGUGGCUGAUGCAGCUAAGGACUAUGCAGCCAAGGUCAGCAAUAUACCCUCAGGUGGAGACAAGUUCCCCGUCUUUGAUCUGCUCGUUCUCGGGAUGGGACCAGAUGGCCACACUUGCUCCCUGUUUCCGGGCCACCAACUGUUAAAGGAAGAAACUCUGAUAGUUGCACCCAUCGAUGAUUCCCCUAAACCUCCGCCAUGCAGGGUCACCCUGACCUACCCAGUCAUCAACUCUGCACGCUGUGCUAUGUUUGCAUCAGCCGGAGCUGGCAAGGCAGAUAUGGUCCAGCGUGUACUAGAGGGCAGUGAUGGAGAGCCUCUACCAGCGGCCAGGGUACAGUUGAAACAGGGCACAGUACACUGGUUCCUGGACACCGAUGCAGCCAGCAAACUCCAAGCAAAGUAUUGAAAAGCCAUCUAGUGUAUUGGCAAAGGUAUUGAUUUUUCUGAGUUUUAUUACCCAGUUGACACUGACUUUAAUCACAAUGGCAUAGUUCAUAUACAGAAUAAGCACACAUGAACAAAAGAAGUCUACAAAAUUAAAAUGUAAAAAACUAUGAUGUAAAUUUUACUUCACAAAAAGAUACUGUGUGUGUCUUUCUAUUCUACCAAAAGGUAAGAAAACUGGGGUUUUUUUGUUAUGUUUAGAGAAAAGUUCACUUUUAAAAAUUACAGAUUGUCUGUUUUUCUCGACAAAUGAGGACACUAAUGGUGUGAUGUCAGUACAGGAAGACAUUGCGCAUUUAUGGAGGAUUUCUGUGGACCUAAAAUUUGCUCAAUGAAAGUGGUUAUGAGAAAAAUUUACGGUCACUCAUAUGCCAUUCAUUGACACAACAAAAGUUUGAAAAAAAUUAUGACAAAAACAUAUUUUAAAAUUUGGCAAAUUUUGGUUCAGCAAUGUGGAUGCUUUGGAUGACAGUACACUUAUGCUCAUAAAUAUGCAAAUUUGGAUUGCCGUAAAAAUAAAUGGAAAAAGUUCCCUUAAAAUGGCACACUGAAAAUUGAAAACCAAGUCAAAUGAUACACACUGAAAUAAAAGAACUGCUUCACAUAAUUACAUAGCUGGGUCCUUUAAAUAAAAUGGAUAUGCACUUUGUAUAAUUACAGCACAUUUUUUCUUCAUUACAGCCCAUAGCAUAUUAAUUUGAAAACAAAUUCUAAGUAUCGGAGACGACAUAAGUAAUUAUUAAAUAUGUCAUAAAAUGUAACCUCAUAUGGUGUUAAUUAUUGACCGUUACCUAAAAGUGCUAGUUUUCUUUUUUCUCUUCAUGUUUUUCACUCUCUCAGUCAUGGCAUCCCUAAGAUAUCGGCAGUACUUUAUAAUGGCAGACGUAUUUGACAUAAACGAAGAUGGAAAUUAGCUCAGUCCAUGUCUGGCAAUUUAAGAUGGAAAUCUCGGAACAUUUUACCACCUACACGUACAAUAAAGCUCCCACCUGAGUGAAUGAAAAGAUGCCAUGCACAAUGUACAUCCUCUCUAACAUAUGUAAAUUCACCAAGGUCUGUCUAGAUUCGAAGCAAGUGGAUGUUCAGUGAGACAUGACAUUUUAAACCUAAUGAAAUUACCAUUAAGUGAAACUGUUAGCCAUUCCAUUUCAUACUCAAUGUAUAGGGUUUAAUUUUUGUACAAUAAUAUAGAAUUUGUAAUGAAUAAACCCGUAAAUUGAACUGCCUACUA